AUCAAAUACCAAAUCCAAUACAUAACUUAUUAAACAAAUCUUCGUAGUAAACUAGUAAUGGAGGUUUUUUGUAAUAACAAAAUACCCCUCUUCUUUGUUGUCUUGUUAGCGACCUUGACCAGCUUGGCACAAAGCCAAGGCACCCGAAAUGGCUUCUACCAGACCUCAUGCCCAAGAGUUGAAGCCAUUGUGCAGUCUGCAGUUGCAGCAGCUGAUCGGGCCAACGCAGGGGUCCCACCAGGUUUGGUUAGAAUGUUUUUUCACGAUUGUUUUGUUAAUGGCUGUGACGCCUCUAUCCUACUCAAUGGUCCUUCUACUGAGAGAACUGCUCCACCCAAUUCUCUAUUGAGAGGCUUCGAGAUUAUCGAUGCUGCAAAGACGGAACUCGAAAGGGUUUGUCCUGGGGUCGUCUCCUGUGCUGAUAUUCUUGCACUGGCUGCCCGUGAUUCUGUGCUUCUGGCUGGGGGAAUUGCGCGCUGGGCAGUGCCAUUAGGCCGUAGAGAUGGAUUGGUUUCACGUGCAGCUGACACUGCAAAUCUUCCUGCUUUCAAUGACGCCGUUGAUGUCCAAAUCAGGAAGUUUGCUGAGAAAGGUCUUAACGCCCAAGAUCUUGUUACCCUUUCUGGAGCACACACCAUUGGGACAGCAGCCUGUGCAUUAUUCAGCUACAGGCUAUACAACUUCAACAACACCAAUGGACCGGAUCCAUCUAUUGACCAAGCAUUUCUUCCCACACUACGAAACCUGUGCCCCAACGGAGGAGAUGGUUCAAGGCGUGUGGCUUUAGAUACAGGAAGCCAAAACAGGUUUGACAAUUCAUACUAUGCAAACCUGAGGAACCGGAGAGGUGUACUUGAAUCUGAUCAAGUGCUAUGGAGCAACCCAACAACACAAAGGUUAGUGCAACGGUUUCUUGGAGUUAGGGGACUCCUUGGAUUGACUUUUAACGUUGAGUUUGCAAGAUCAAUGGUGAGGAUGGGUAAUAUUGAGGUGAAAACUGGGACUCAAGGAGAAAUUCGUCGGGUUUGUAGUGCAAUUAAUUGAUUAAUGACGGAUGUUAUUAUGCGAAUCGAUCCAAAAUGGUUUGAUAGGAAUAAGUUUUUAAUACCUGGGAAGUUCUAAAAUAUAAAUCGGUAUAACAAACUGUAAAUUUUCCAUUCUUACGUGCAUGUUAUUAGUUAUUGUAAUACACAAUAGGAAAAGUUGGUAAUGAUAUUGAUAGUCCCACAUGAUUUUGACCUGAGACAAA